AUGGAAGGAGGGCUGGUGGUGAUGACCCGAGGGAACUACCAGAGGCCCACACACCUCUCCUACUCCCAGGAUCUGCAGUGGGAGCUGAACAGCAUGGAGCAGGAGGGGCUCUGGAAGUGUCUGGAGGUCCGGCCCCUGGACCACUACCUUUCGGACCCCCACGAGCCCAGAAGCAUCAUCCAGGGCUCUGUCUGUGUCUAUCAGAAAUGUCAUAAAGAAGCCUAA